AAAGCCUAUGGCGCCCCCAGUGGUUCAAAAUGGACCCAGUUCUGACUCGUUGGCACCUUUCAGAACCACAGCUGGUUCUGAGCUCAACAGAGGAGACGCGGGGAUACCGGAAGGGAGCUCUAUGAUUCUGUUGGGUCAGAACCGGUUCUGUUCUGUGUGAGAGCAGCCGAACCCCAAAUCAGCUGAAAGCUGACCGGAGUCUGGUGGAGGGGCGGUGUGACCUUUGUCCCGGAACUGCUCCAGAAUCGGUUCUCGUUUAUCAUUCGAACACAAACCCGGUGGUAGACCCGGAGGGAUGCAGACCGACCCGGUUUCACAGGAUAUGGCUGCUGGACCUUGCAGCGUCCAGAUCAAACCAGAACCAGGCGAUGACGUGGCGAUCCAAUGCUUCCCUCUCCUGAAGAAGCUGAGCGUCAAGCUGACUGACUGCAGGGCGUGGCUGGAGGGGCGGGACUUCCUGUCUCUGGAUGACCAUCCUGAGCUGCGGCCGUGGCGCGCCACCAACAGCGGCAGGAGGAUGGCGUACUGCCCCAUGUGCCAGCGGGGCUUCUACAAGCUGGCUCACCUGGAGGCCCACCUGUGGACCCACCGGGGCCAGAACCCCAACCAGUGCUGGGAGUGUGGGAAGACCUACCCGACCCUGAUGAGCCUGGUGCUGCACCAGCAGGUCCACGGCCGCAGCGAGCCCUACGCUGCUCCUACUGCGACCGCACCUUCGCCCUGAAGCGGGACUGGAAGACUCACCACCGGACCCACUCCGGGAUCAAGCCCUUCAAGUGCUGGUUCUGUGGGGACGGCUUUGGCCAGCAGAACCAGCUGGA